AUGCACGUAGUCAUUCCUGUGUUUUCCAACCCCACUACAGGUCCUCCUUCUGCCUGGCCAGGCACUGAUGACCCCUCAGCCACACUGACUUGCUCCAAGUGGGACCUAAUGGAUAUGUGGCUCCUACCUGUGGGCGUGGCUUCCCCCGGGCUGGAUAGGGAUAAGAACCCUAGGUCUAGCUUUUACUCAUGGCUUCCUAUUUUCAGGGGAUUCCCUGGUGGCUCAGACGGUAAAGCGUCUGCCUACAAUGCGGGAGACCUGGGUUUGAUCCCCGGUUGGGAAGAUCCCCUGGAAAAGGAAAUGGCAACUCACUCCAGUACUCUUGCCUAG